AUGGCUUUCUAUGGAUACAAUGAUGAUUUCGGUGAGUGCAAUUGGACUCCCUCUGAUUGUGAAUUUUAUAAUUCUUCUUCCUAUUAUGAUUCCUCGGUAACUCGAUCACAAUUGAAUUACUCUGUUUAUGAUAUACACGAGCCUGAUUUGACCCAAUACGAGCCGAUUCAGUAUUAUGAAAACGUGCCUAAUUUGAUCCCAUAUGAGCCGAUUGAAUAUUAUGAUUCUACUUCCAAUUACUAUGAUGGUUUUGAAUCUCGAUUUGAUACAAAUUACUCCGUCUAUAGUUACAGUGAGCCCAAACUUGUUCAUGGCGGUUGUGAUCCUUCGGCAAAUUAUGGCAGCCCCCUUCCAUCCGAUCAAAUAUGUUAUCCUCGUUCGACUUCACAAUCCAAAGGUGCAGCUUUGGAAGGUUUAUCAUAUAACUCAAUUCCUUCACCUUAUGGGGAAAACGAUAAACAAAUUGCAAUCAAAAUUAAUCCACAACCCCAGGGUGAAAAUGUAGAUAAGAUUGCCUUAGAUGGUGUGGGCAGUGAAAAAGUUGGAGAAUUACCUGAUCCAUAA